AUUUUGGAUAGUGAGGGUCAUCUGUUUUGUACUAGAAGAACAACCUCCUGUUUUGCACAAACUUGUUUAUCGUUGUAAGAUAAAUAACUUGUUGGUUUUCUGGUUCUUAAUAGUAUCGCCAAGGUUAAUCCACGGACAAAACAAUUCAUCAAUGCCCAAACAGAUACCGACAGAGCAUGAUAUCUGCCAGACUACAAUUCACUUUCGCUUUUCCGCGGAACCCAUAUCUCAAUUAUCGUGCUUCACGGCUGUGCAGUCGGGCGAGUAAGGGCUGGUUGUUAAGAUGGCAGCGGUGAUAGGGAAGAAGGUGUUGGAUGAAGAAUGGUUGGCGGCACGAUCCACGGAGGUUGACCUCAGCGGAAUUGAGCUCACUACUACUCACCCUCCUACCUCUGAUCAGGCCCCGUGGAUGGAAGCUGUCGUUCCCGGAACUGUUUUGGCAACCCUUCUGAAGAAUAAGCUUGUACCUGAUCCCUUUUAUGGGUUGGAAAAUGAGUCGAUUUUGGACAUUGCCGACUCUGGGAGGGAGUACUACACUUUCUGGUUUUUCACAACGUUUGAAUGCAAGCUGUCAACGGAUCAGCAUGUGGAUCUAAACUUUCAUGCUAUAAAUUACUCUGCUGAAGUUUAUUUAAAUGGGCACAAAAAGGUCCUGCCGAAGGGGAUGUUCCGAAGACAUUCUAUUGAUAUAACAGAUAUUCUAAAUUCAGAUGGUGAGAAUCUGCUAGCUGUCCUGGUUUACCCUCCUGAUCAUCCUGGAAGAAUUCCUCCUGAAGGUGGUCAAGGUGGUGAUCAUGAGAUUGGGAAAGAUGUUGCCGCACAAUAUGUUGAAGGUUGGGAUUGGAUGGCUCCCAUUAGGGAUAGGAACACUGGCAUCUGGGAUGAGGUUUCUCUUUCUGUUACUGGGCCAGUGAAGAUGGUAGAUCCUCACUUAGUUUCAUCAUUCUUCGAUGAUUACAAGAGGGCGUACCUUCAUACAACAGUUGAGUUGGUGAAUCAAAGUAACUCUGUUGCUGAGUGUUCUCUGAAUAUCCAAGUGGGAGCUGAACAGGAAGGGGAUAUAUUUUUGGUGGAGCAUCUUCAGACUCAGCAUCUGUACAUCCCUGCUGGAUCCCAUGUUCAACAUACUUUACCUGAGCUAUUCUUCUAUAAACCCGAUCUUUGGUGGCCUAAUGGAAUGGGAAAGCAAUAUCUUUACAAUGUAGAAAUAACAGUUGAUGUGAAAGAUUAUGGAGAGUCUGAUUCAUGGAGCCAGCAUUUUGGAUUUCGUAAGAUUGAGAGUUAUAUAGAUAGUAGUACUGGCGGAAGACUCUUUAAGGUCAAUGGACAGCCAAUAUUUAUUCGUGGAGGGAAUUGGAUAUUAUCAGAUGGAUUACUACGGCUUUCAAAGAAACGUUAUGAAACAGAUAUUAAAUUUCAUGCUGACAUGAAUUUCAACAUGAUGCGCUGUUGGGGUGGUGGAAUUGCGGAAAGACCUGAGUUCUAUCACUAUUGCGACAUUUAUGGACUUUUGGUUUGGCAAGAAUUCUGGAUAACUGGGGACUGUGAUGGACGAGGCGUUCCAGUAUCAAAUCCUGAUGGUCCCCUGGACCAUGACCUAUUUUUGCUUUGCGCUAGGGACACUGUGAAGCUGCUAAGAAACCAUCCUAGUCUUGCUCUCUGGGUUGGAGGUAAUGAGCAAGUGCCACCAGAUGAUAUUAAUACAGCUCUGAAAAAGGAUCUAGAACUCCAUCCUUACUAUGAAACUUCUACGAAUUGCAAGCAUUCCAAGGAAGAGAUAUCCUCAACUUGGAAGGACCCAAGUGAAUAUCUGGAUGGAACACGUAUAUACAUCCAAGGAUCCAUGUGGGAUGGUUUUGCUAAUGGGAAGGGGGACUUUACUGAUGGUCCUUAUGAAAUUCAGAAUCCCGAGAACUUUUUCAAGGAUGACUUUUACAAAUAUGGUUUCAAUCCUGAGGUUGGUUCUGUAGGAACACCUGUGGCAGCUACUAUCAGAGCAACAAUGCCUCCAGUGGGAUGGCAGAUGCCCUUAUUCAAAACAUUGGCGAAUGGCUAUGUCCAGGAAGUCCCCAAUCCUAUAUGGAACUAUCAUAAGUACAUACCAUACUCAAAACCAGGCUUGGUUCAUGACCAGAUUUUACUAUAUGGAACACCUAAGGAUCUUGAUGACUUUUGUCUUAAGGCGCAACUGGCUAAUUACAUCCAAUAUAGAGCUCUCUUAGAAGGUUGGACCUCGCGUAUGUGGACCAAAUACACAGGUGUGUUGAUUUGGAAAACUCAAAACCCAUGGACAGGACUAAGGGGCCAAUUCUAUGAUCAUCUGCAUGAGCAAACAGCAGGGUUCUAUGGCUGUCGUUGUGCUGCAGAACCAAUUCAUGUUCAGCUAAAUCUAGCAACAUAUCUUGUGGAGGUGGUGAACACAACAUCAGAAGAACUAUCCAAUGUGGCUAUAGAAGUGUCAGUUUGGGAUCUAGAAGGAGCAUGUCCAUACUAUGAAAUCUUUGACAAACUCACUAUACCAUCCAAAAGCACAAUAUCUACUUCUGAGAUAAAGUAUCCAAAGUCUGAAGAUCCUAAACCUGUCUAUUUUCUUCUUCUUAAACUCUAUAAAAUGUCAGAUUAUGAGAUAUUAUCCAGGAACUUUUAUUGGUUACAUCUGCCAGGUGGCGACUAUAAGCUCCUGGAACCAUACAAAAACAAUAAAAUUCCCCUUAAAAUUACUUCUCUAACUUUCAUAAGGGGUUCCAGCUAUGAGGUCAGGAUGCACAUAGAGAAUAAGUCACAAGAACCUAAUUCAAGAAGUCUAGUCCAUAAAAACCAUGUCUUCGAAGAUGCCAACAGAGAUUUUGGUAUGCCACCAUCAGAAGCCGUAGAUGGUGUACCUGAUAGAGAAAAGGGGACCAGCUUGUUUCCUAAGAUGCUUAGGAACUUUUUGACUAAAGCCAGUGAUCUGCAAGUCACUGAAAUCAAUGGAACUGAGACUGGAGUCGCUUUCUUUCUCCAUUUCUCUGUCCAUGCUUCAAAAACUCAGAAAAACAAUGAAGACACUCGGAUUUUGCCAGUUCAUUACUCAGACAACUAUUUCUCAUUGGUACCUGGGGAAGUAAUGACUGUAAUCCUUAACUUUGAGGUUCCCUCGCGCAUUACCCCUCGCAUUAUGCUUCAUGGUUGGAACUACCAAGGUGGACAUACUGUUCUCUAGCUGCUAUGAAGAACUAAUGUUCUGGCAACGAACACUGUUCAUUGCUUUCUCUCUGAUGUUUCAAGUCAUUGCUAAUGAAGAUCGUCAAUAGCUGCAGGCAAAGAUCCACCAGCUGGAUACUAGGUCAUGUUCUGUUCCCGUGCUUAGGACUGUACUCUUUGGAGAGUCAGGUACUGAGGUGUAUAAAAAUGUCUGGUACUGUUUAUCUUUGUAAGUAUUAUCCAUAAUGGUAUUAGCAACUUGCACACUGACCUGAGAUUGUGUAAACUGUUUGAACUCCUUUUACUGUCAAUGUCUUAUUAUUGCUUAAGGUCAUCUGUUUUGCCUACUA